UUACCCGAAGAUCAGUGGCGGAUUAAACGGAAGUUUUCAGUCGAAGAACUUUCACAGUGUGUGUGAGAGUGUGUGAGUGUGUGAGUGAGUGUGAGAGUGUAAAGUGGAACUGGGCUGUUUGUGUGUUUUGCUGGUGGUUUGUGGUGUAAAUCAUGAAUAAUCUCGGAGUGAUUGUGGGAUUAAUGCUGUGUGUUCUGGGCACUGACUCCAUUAUCAGGAUCCCUCUGCGUCGGGUGCCGUCUGUACGCCGCACGCUGGUCGAUGGCGCUCUCGCUCGGCACCGACUGAAGUUGCACAGGGAGGAGUGGAGUGUGGACGCUGCUCCGUUUCCUGCAGAGAACCUCUCAAACUUCAUGGAUGCUCAGUACUAUGGUGUGAUCAGUAUCGGGACUCCGGCGCAGGAGUUCACCGUCCUAUUCGACACCGGCUCCUCCAACCUGUGGGUUCCGUCCUUCAAAUGCUCCUUCUUCGAUCUGGCCUGCUGGCUCCAUCAUCGGUACAACUCUAAGAAGUCGAGUACCUAUGUACCGAACGGUGCCGAGUUCUCCAUCCAGUACGGUAGAGGAAGCCUGAAAGGUUUCUUCAGUCAGGACACAGUCAAUCUGGCAGGACUGGAUGUACAGAACCAGACAUUUGCUGAGGCAGUGAAGCAGCCAGGAUUGGUGUUUGCUGUGGCGAGGUUCGACGGCGUCUUCGGCAUGGCGUAUCCUACCCUGUCUGUGGGAAAUGUCCGACCCGUGUUCGACUCCAUCAUGGCUGCCAAACUACUAAAGCGGAACAUCUUCUCCUUCUACAUCAACAGGGACCCUAAAGCGGUGAUCGGAGGGGAACUGACACUGGGUGGUUUUGAUCAGCAGUAUUUUGAUGGAGAUCUUCACUACCUGAAUGUCACCCGUAAAGCGUACUGGCAGAUCAAGAUGGACACAGUGAAGGUGGGAAACACCCUGACGUUGUGUAAGGACGGUUGCCAGGCGAUUGUUGACACGGGGACGUCGAUGAUCAUAGGGCCGGUGCAGGAGAUCAGAGCUCUGAACAAAGCCAUCGGGGCCAUCCCUCUGAUCAUGGGGGAGUACUGGAUUAACUGCAAUAAAAUCCCCUCACUGCCCGUGGUGUCCUUCAGUCUGGGAGGGGAGAUGUUCAACCUGACUGGACAGGACUACAUCUUCAAGACCACACAGUUGGGUGUGACUGUGUGUCUGUCCGGUUUCAUGGCCAUGGACAUUCCGCCCCCUGCUGGUCCUCUCUGGAUUUUGGGUGACGUUUUUAUCGGCCGUUUCUACACCGUCUUCGACCGAGACAACGACCAAGUGGGAUUCGCUCCUGCUAAGUGACUCCAGUGAACCUUGAGCCUGUUAAUAACCAGUGUUUGAGUUCUGACAUUUCUAGACCUGAGCAUCCGUAAGCAGCGUGUCCUCGUGUUCCAAAUGAUCUAACACGUCCGAUCAAAAGAAUUCUGAAGAGUUGGACUAAAAAAAGUUAGCUCCAGCUCCACCUAGUGGAUAAGAGAGAGAGAGAGAGAGAGAGAGAGAGAGAGAGAGAGAGAGAGAGAGAGAGAGAGAUAGGUAGAGGCUUAACUCUUUACCCAAUACUUAAACUUCAUCAGUAAUUAUUUUUUUUAACAUUUACUUAAAUAUGACCACAAAGAUGAAAUUAAGACAAAACUUGAAUUUAAACACGUCAUUAUAAGGUACAGUUAAGGACCAGGUCACGCUUCCAGCCUGCAGCUUUAACAGUAACAUCGUUAAUGUCACUGAUGUGUUUUAUGCCACUUCCCUGAAGCUUCAGCUCGCUGUCAUCUCCUCAGGAGAGACUUCCAUCCUUUUCUUUUCCUUCUUUUUACCUUUUUAAACGUGUCCGAUCACAAGACGUGUAACAGAGUCGACUUAAAGCAUCAGAUAAACGUUCAAUGGAAAAUUCCUGCAGAAUUGUGUUUAGAAAUGUAAGAACAUCGUUAAAAAAGAACGUCUACACGACAGAAAAGGUUUGUAGGUAUCUAAUCGUUCUGUAGAAUGUAGAAUUGUAGGAUUUGGAUUCAGAUUAUGCAUCAAUGAUGAGAAUGUUUUUAUUUUUGUAAACUGGUGAGGCUUCAUCGUGUUCCAGAAUGAUCUGGACGCGUGUGUGGAUGUUUGCAGUUUUAUCUGAUUUUUGCACUGAGACUCUGACUUACACUGCUUUUGGCUUUCAGCUGUGAAACUGAAUUAAAAACGUGUUUAUUAGAA